CUAGUACUAACCAAUAAUAAGCUUUCGUUUUGGCAAAAAAGGUGAAGUUCUGUCAUUUGCACUGGACCGUGGGUAUGUUUUAUUCAAAAACUUCCCUAUCUACAAAUAACGUUGGGCAUUUGAAAAGGUGGCAACCCUACUUUUACAUUGUUGACAUCAGGUGCUUUGCAGCGACUACACGUCUUAUGACGAAAUGUAGACACAGGAAGCAACGGCUCGAAGUAGGAAGUGCCACAUAGUUUUGGGAUCGGUGGCUUUUUCUUAGUUGGACUCUUGUUUUUACAAAAGUAUUGAUUGUUGUACACAGAUACCGGCUCGUAACUCAAGAAUAGGUGAUUAUAAUAGUGUCUUAGACGUUUGUCACCAUGGCUGUUGUGUCAGAGAGCCAACUCAAGAAAAUGUUGUCCAAGUACAAAUACAGGGACUUGACAGCACGGGAAAUUAGCAGUGUGACGGCGCCAUAUAAAGACCUUAAACCUGUAAUGGAUGCUUAUGUUUUUAAUGAUGGCACUUCACGGGAACUCAUGAGUCUUAGUGGAACUAUUCCUGUGAUUUAUAGAGGCAAUACAUAUAACAUUCCGGUAUGUCUCUGGUUACUGGAUACUUAUCCAUAUAACCCUCCAAUCUGCUUUGUUAAGCCCACAAAUACAAUGAUGAUUAAAACAGGGAAACACGUUGAUGCAAAUGGAAAAAUUUAUCUUCCUUAUCUACACGAGUGGAAACAUCCUCAAUCAGAGCUGCUUGGCCUAAUUCAGGUUAUGACUGUAGUGUUUGGAGAAGAGCCUCCUGUGUUUUCUCGCCCAGCUGUUCCAGCCACAUACCCAUCAUACCCAGCAGCAGGACCUCCAAAUAGCUGGAUGUACAUGAUAGCAAAAUCUUCCUACAUACCAGGGAUGCAGCCUGGAGUAACUUCAUACCCAGCAUCUAAUACUUGCAGUUACCCUGGUUAUCCUUUCCCAGCAACUGGCCAGUACCCCCCAACAACUAGCACUCAGCACUACCCAUCACAGACACCAAGCACAGCUGUUGGUCCCACAAGAGAUGGAACCAUUGGUGAAGACACUAUUCGAGCAUCACUGAUCUCAGCAGUCAGUGAUAAACUGAGAUGGCGGAUGAAGGAGGAAAUGGACCGUGCCCAGGCUGAACUUGAUGCUUUGAAAAGAACAGAGGAGGACUUAAAGAAAGGCCACCAAAAACUGGAAGACAUGGUUACACGCUUGGAAAAGGAAGUAGUUGAGGUUGACAAAAAUAUUGAACUGUUGAAAAAGAAGGAUCAAGAGCUUAAUGAAGCCCUGGAGAAAAUGGAGAGUCAGUCAGAAAAUAAUGACAUUGAUGAUGUCAUUGUCCCAACUGCUCCACUCUAUAAACAGAUCCUGAAUUUGUAUGCAGAAGAAAAUGCUAUAGAAGACACAAUAUUUUAUUUGGGAGAAGCUUUGAGACGUGGUGUUAUAGAUCUUGAAGUUUUCUUAAAGCAUGUACGUCUUCUGUCCAGAAAACAAUUCCAACUGAGGGCACUGAUGCAGAAAGCCAGGAAAACAGCUGGUCUCAGUGAUCUCUACUGAGUUUGAAUUAUGUUAGUCUGUCCAUCAUCAUGUAAUACCCAUACUUUCUUUGCUUUAUUCUCCAUAAUCGGUAGAUAAUCAUUAUUAAACACAAUAAGUACAAGGUAAAUUA